AUGGAGAAGCGCACCUCGGCCACGGAGUAUCACAUCGAGGCGUCGACCUCCGCCCUCGACAACGACCACGUCGACAAGCUAACCAACCGCAAUGCUAAACAAGUCAGCGUCCAGUCGGUUGCGCUGGCCGACGCCAUCGCCAAGGACCAGCCCAACUACAAGUCGCCGAGCCAGUUCAAGCUGUAUGCCAUGAUGGCCCUCUGCGUGCUGAACGGUGUCAUGAACGGCUACGACGGAUCGGUCAUGAGUGCCAUCAACGCCAUGGACCCUUUCCAGGACCGCUUCAAGAUCGGCAUGACUGGCGAGCUGAACGGCGCGGUCUUCUCCAUCUACACCGUCGGCAACAUCGUCGGGAGUUUGGCCUGCGGCUACGUCAUGGAUCGAUGGGGCCGUCGAACUUGCAUGUUCUCCGGCGCCACUUCUAUCAUCCUGGGCUCCAUCCUCCAGGCCAGCAGCUACCAGCUCCCCCAGUUCUUCGUCGGCCGCUUCAUCGUCGGCGCCGGAACCCCCAUGUGCGCCACUUCGGCGCCUGUGUUUCUCGUUGAGAUGGCCUACCCUACUUGGAGAGGUCUAGCGGGUGGGCUCUACAAUGUUCUGGGUUGGUAUAUUGGGGCGAACCUCGCUGCGUGGACCUGCUACGGUACCAACUUCAUCCCCAACGACUGGGCAUGGCGCAUCCCGUACAUCGUACAGCUCACCCCUGCCACGAUCGUCGUGUCUGCAGUCUGGUUUCUCCCGGAGAGCCCGCGCUGGCUCUGGGCCCAGGGCCAGAGAGAGAGGGCGACUGCCAUUCUGACAAAGUACCACGGCAACGGCGACCCCGACUCGGCUCUCGUCAAGCUCGAGAUUGACGAGAUUCAGGAGUCCUUGGCGGCCGAGCUUGAGUUGAAGAACGGCAAUUGGAACUACAAGUCCCUCGUCGAUAACAGGCCCAAUCUGUACCGCAUGUGGCUCAUCAUGCUCGUGGCCGUCAUGGCCAUGUUCAUCGGUGGCAGCGUCAUCUCUUAUUACUUGCCAGUCAUGGUGAAGGGUGUGGGAGUCACGGACUCCAGCCGCCAGCUGCUCAUCAACGGGCUGAACACAGUCACAUCUUUCAUCGCCGGCAUUUUCGGCUCCUUUUUCGUUGACAAGGUCGGCCGUCGUCCACUGUUCCUAUGGGGCACCCUACUCACCGGCCUGGUGUACAUCCCCAUCAACGUGCUGGCCGCGAGGGCGGAGGAAUUCGACAAGAACGGAGGCUCCAUCCCCACAGCACAGUCGUACGCCUUCAUCGCCAUGAUCUUCACGUACGGAAUCUUCUGGUCCUUCUGUUGGACUCCCCUCCAAGCUCUGUACCCGGCCGAGAUUCUCAACAACGUCAUCCGCGCCAAGGGCAUGGGCGCCAAGGGCUUCAUCUCGGGCGUCGCCAGUUUCAUCAACACUUACGGUACUUCGGUGGCUCUCAAGCACAUUGGCUGGAAGACCUACACGAUCUUUCUGAUUCUUCACUUUAUCCACCUAGGCCUGAUGUACAUGUACUGUGUCGAGACGAAGGAGCGCACCUUGGAAGAGCUUGAGGAGAUCUUCAACGACCCUAAGCCGGUGAAGAGGAGUUUGCAGAGAACUCGGGUCAUUAUUGACGAUGGUUUGGGUGUCAAGGUCAAGGAUGAUGCCUAA